UAGCAGCUAGCAUUGCAGUGGCAACGGCAGCUGGUGCUCCGACUGGCAGUCUGGCACUCGGCGAGUGGGAGUGCGUGUACGCUGGUGGCGACUGGUGAGCGCCUGAACGCGAGGUGAGGGGAGGGAAAGGAAAGGAGAGGGACGGCGGCGGCACACCAGUACACCACACAGGCGCACACGCGCGCACACUGCACCACCCACGCCAAGGCGUUAUUUUAAGGGCGGCGCCACCACUGUUGUCGCCUGCUCCGCUCCCCGUUGCCUCCUCCUCCUCCUACCCUCGCUCGCUCAGCUCCCUUUCCCUCAGCCCCACUCCCUCGCCCUCGCUCUUUCCCUCACCCCGUCGCACUUCCUCCCACUAGUAGCCAGUAGAGAGGAGGAGGGCGGGCUAGGGAGCCACGCCCUCGCCGCCGCCGCAGACGAGAGCCGGAAGCCGUAGGGCGCGCGGCGACGCACGCGGCAGCGCGUGCCAAUGGAGACCGGCGGCAGCGGCAGCAACGGCGGCGGCGGGAGCGACGACGUCCGCGGGCUCAAGUUCGGCAAGAAGAUCUACUUCGAGCAGGACGCGGCGGCGGCCGCGGGCGGGAGCGGGGCGGCGGCGGCGGGCGGCAGGAAGGGGAAGGGCGUGGCUGCCGGCCCGCCCCACGCCGCCGCGCCGCCGAGGUGCCAGGUGGAAGGCUGCGGCGUGGAUCUGAGCGGCGCCAAGCCGUACCACUGCCGCCACAAGGUCUGCUCCAUGCACACCAAGACGCCGCGCGUCGUCGUCGCCGGCAUGGAGCAGCGUUUCUGCCAGCAGUGCAGCAGGUUCCACCAGUUACCUGAAUUUGACCAAGGAAAACGUAGCUGCCGCCGCCGCCUCAUUGGUCACAAUGAGCGCCGGAGGAAGCCACCACCUGGACCUCUCACUUCACGCUAUGGCCGGCUUGCCGCAUCAUUUCAAGAGCCUGGCAGGUUCAGGAGCUUCCUGCUGGACUUCUCGUACCCAAGGGUUCCGAGCUGCGUGAGGGAUGCGUGGCCAGCGAUUCAGCCCGGCGGCGAUCGGGUGCCGGGUACUAUCCAGUGGCAAGGGAACCAAGAAGCUCACCCUCACCGCAGUACAGUUGCGGGCUACGGCAACCACGCAUACAUCGGCCAUGGCGGCUCGGUGGCGGGGCCUUCGGUGCUCCCCGCCGCCUUCGAGCUCCCGCCGGGCGGAUGUGUCGCCGGAGUUGCCACCGACUCCAGCUGUGCUCUCUCUCUUCUGUCAACAACAACUCAGCCAUGGGAUAGUGCCCAAAGUGCCAGCCACAACCGGUCCCCAGCCAUGUCCGAGGCCAGCGCCUUCGAAGGCACCCCGGUGGCGCCCUCCGUCAUGGCGAGCAGCUACCCGGCGGCCGGCGCCUGGACCGGCUCCCGGGGCCCUGCCCCCGACGGCGCCAGGAGCGUGCAGCACCCCGAGGAUGCUCUGCACCUGGUCCACCCGGGCUCGGUCCACCACGGCAACUUCUCCGGCGAGCUCGAGCUCGCGCUGCAGGGAAGCGGGCCGUCGAACACGCCGCACGCCCACCACGGCAGCUCCGGCGGCACCUUCAGCCACUCCAGCAACGCGAUGAACUGGUCCCUGUAGGGACGGGGGCCGUCCCCCCUCGGCACCGCCUGCCUCGCCGCUCGCCCCUCGCCACGCCACCAAGACAUGGAGCACCUGGGCGCCCUGGUUUUGCGCGCCGAACCUUGCUGACUCUGUUUUCAGGGUGGAACAGGGGGGGAUUCCUAACCGGUAGAUCGUCGUGAGUUUCCCUUUCCCGUGUAGCCCGCUGCUUCCAUGAACUCGAUCGGCCACCUGAUGAUGAUGAUCCUACAAUUUCUAGAACUCCGUAACCUGAAUUGUUCGCCUAUGAAGAUGCUUUUCAAGGGACUUGUUACUAUUUCUCGUGUUGUUGCUUAGUUUGGAACUCAAAUAUCUACGAUGAUUUUUAUAUCUACCUAAUUAAUGAAGGAAUCGUCAAUUCAUCAUCC